AAUGACUGCACUUGUGAAUUCCAAUUAAGUGAUGUGCAUCACCACUUCCAAAUAGUUGCAGUGGAGCUUUUUUCAAAAAGUUACUUCCAUUCUUGAAGGAAUUUGACCACCUUCUUUCUAGCAUACGUUUGUGUAGUACGUACGACAUAUCAAAUCAAACGACCUUGAAUGGACCAUAUUACAGCAGAUGUGUGAAAUUUAGAAGAUUUUGAGUCAUCUUUAUUAAUGCGCGCGUAUAGAUGUGUGUAGCAUAUUCAGCGCACGUCGUUGACAUCGCGCCACAAAGUGCGACUUCGAGAGUGAUUUCAAUGAAACGUCUUUGAGGAAUUUUUCUCCGGCCACGAAACGCGGCUACAACAACGCUACCGUAAUGUACUCGAGUGUUUAUAUCGAUUUUCCGGUCUCGUUUACUCAUAGUUCGUACUUCUAACCCAGUGAUAAGUGACACCCACCUCCCUCCAAAUACACACAACGGUACACCAUGACUGACUUUUCACAAACGGCUACCGUCACGCAAACGACCACGGUGACCCAGCCGUACAUCCGCUACGACCCGGAGUACGUCCGAUCGAUUCCCGGCAUCAUCAAAAUCGUCUGCAUCGUGUUGAAUCUCAUUGGUUUCAUAUGCAUCGAAGUGUCAUACUUCAGUCACCUAUCGCGGGGGUCGUUCUUCAACACGGUCGCGAUGCUGGGAUUCUGGUUCAGCGGUAUCAUGCUGGUCUUCUAUCUGUUCCAUGUGUGCGAAAAGUUCCACAAGAUACCGUGGCUGAAAAUAGAGAUGUACUUCUGUGCAGCGUGGACGCUGCUCUACAUGUUGGCGUCGUCGUUGGCGGCAGCGGCCAAUGUCGAAGCGUUCCAAGCAGCUGCAUUCUUCGGUUAUUGUGCCAUGGUCGCCUAUGGAUAUGAUGCAUUUCUCAAGUACAAAGCCGUCAGUGCUGGUGAAAUCGCGCAGGGAUCGCGUACCGUCCAACAACAGCAACAGCAGCAAACCAUUUCCACCGUGACAACGUACUAACUUCUGUUUGUAGGAUGGAAAUCCUUGGAUAUUUACGGCAUAAUAUUUUAAGGAUGACUGUUAUCACGUUAGUUUCACAAUGAAUCGAACACGCUUUCCGUACUCACCGAAAAUGUCCACCAAAUAUGCCUGCAGUGUGCUUUUAAGUAGUGGAUUGUUUGAAACUCGUUUACAUAACUAUCUCAGUGAUGAAUGAUGAAUCAUUUAUGUAUUUAUAAUAGUCCGUUUCUUUGGAAAGUAUUUCAAAGGGAUCCAAUCUCUAGUAUAAUAGAUUUUAAGAUUUCUCAAGUUAUUACAAAAAAUAGUUUUCAGUCAACAAGUUAUUUCUUUUAUAACGUUCUGUACAGUUGUAUUUGUUAUGAUUUUUUUUUCUUAGUAGUUGACACGAAACCAUUUUCUGCCUAAUCUAAAACAGUUUUUAUAUUAUACCUUCACCGAGUAACGCGCCUUAAAUGUGUAGGUUUGAAAUAUAGUCGUAAGCUGUAAGUGUAACUGUACUAUCAGACCACCAACAAAUAACAAUCAAAGCUGUUUCACAUCCAUCCAUAGCGACCACAGUCCACAGAAAGAUCACCAAUGUACUAUCGCGUGUUUUGUAGUAUUGAUAUAUUUAUAUAUGCAUUUGCAAGUCUAUGAAAUAAAUAUCGCAAUUUAUUUAUACAACAAAA